CAGAGAACCGCCCAAAGGUGAGACUGCGCUUGCGCAGUGAGGCUGGUGGGCGGGGCAGACGUGGAGACCCCGAAGUGGGUCCGCCCCACUGGCUGGUGUCGGAGUCACGCUGUGGUGGCCCGGCGUAGCGGCGGCCCUUGCUGGGAAGGCUCACUCUUCUUCCUCGGCUACCGAAAGUAAACUUCGAGUGUCCUUCCAAGGCGAUCAAAAGUCCUUGCCUCGGCUUGCUGGUGCGCAGCGGGUGGGUGAGUACCUGUGUGUUAGGGCUUCGCUCGCUCGGUGCGGGGGCCACAGCACCAUGGACUCGUCGGCGCUGGAGCGGGACGCCGUGCAGUUCGCCCGAUUGGCGGUGCAGCGGGACCACGAAGGUCGCUAUUCCGAGGCGGUGUUUUACUACAAGGAGGCUGCACAAGCAUUAAUUUAUGCUGAGAUGGCAGGAUCAAGCCUAGAACGCAUUCAAGAAAAAAUAAAUGAGUAUCUGGAAAGAGUUCAGGCCCUACAUUCAGCAGUUCAGUCAAAGAAUGCUGGUCCUUUGAAAUCGAAACAUCAGUUAGACUUGGAGCGUGCCCACUUCCUUGUCACACAAGCUUUCGAUGAAGACGAGAAGGGGAACGUCGAAGAUGCUAUAGAAUUGUAUACAGAAGCUGUAGAUCUCUGUCUAAAAACCUCCUCUGAAACUGCUGAUAAAACUCUGCAAAAUAAACUGAAACAGUUGGCUCGGCAGGCACUAGAUAGAGCAGAAGCAUUGAGUGAGCCUUUAACAAAGCCGUUAUGCAAAGUCAAGUCAACCAAUAGUAAACCAAAGCCACCUCCAUCAAGAACACAUUUUCCACUAGGAACUAACCCCUUCCUUGAAAGACCUCAGCCAUUUAUAAGUCCACAGUCAUGUGAUGCACAAGGACAGAGAUAUACAGCAGAAGAAAUAGAAGUUCUCAGGACAACAUCAAAAAUAAAUGGUAUAGAAUAUGUUCCUUUCAUGAAUAUUGACCUGAGGGAACGUUUUGCCUAUCCAAUGCCUUUCUGCGAUAGAUUGGGCAAGCUACCGUUAUCACCUAAACAAAAAGCUAUGUUUUCCAAAUGGGUGCGCCCUGAAGAGCUCACCAACAAUCCCACAAUGAUCUACACUGUGUCCAGUUUCAGCAUCAAGCAGACGAUAGUGUCAGAUUGUUCCUUUGUUGCAUCGCUGGCUAUUAGUGCAGCUUAUGAAAGACGAUUUAAUAAGAAGUUGAUUACCAGCAUAAUUUACCCUCAGAAUAAGGAUGGUGAGCCAGAGUACAACCCAUGCGGAAAGUAUAUGGUAAAACUUCACCUCAAUGGUGUCCCAAGAAAGGUGAUAAUCGAUGACCAGUUACCUGUCGAUCAUAAGGGAGAAUUGCUCUGUUCUUACUCUAACAACAAAAGUGAAUUGUGGGUGUCUCUCAUUGAGAAGGCGUAUAUGAAAGUCAUGGGGGGAUACGAUUUCCCAGGAUCCAACUCCAACAUCGACCUCCACGCGCUGACAGGAUGGAUACCAGAGAGGAUCGCUAUGCACUCAGACAGCCAGGCUUUCAGCAAGGACAGCUGUUUCCGAAUGCUUUAUCAAAGAUUCCACAAGGGGGACGUCCUCAUCACUGCGUCGACCGGAAUGAUGACUGAAGCCGAAGGAGACAAGUGGGGGCUGGUUCCCACCCAUGCAUACGCUGUCUUGGAUAUCAGAGAAUUCAAGGGGCUGCGAUUUAUUCAGUUGAAAAAUCCUUGGAGUCAUUUACGUUGGAAAGGAAGGUAUAGUGAAAAUGAUGUAAAAAACUGGACCCCAGAGUUGCAAAAAUACUUAAACUUUGAUCCUCGAACAGCUCAAAAAAUAGACAAUGGAAUAUUUUGGAUUUCAUGGGAUGAUCUCUGCCAGUAUUAUGAUGUGAUUUAUUUGAGUUGGAAUCCAGGUCUUUUUAAAGAGUCAACAUGUAUUCACAGUACUUGGGAUGCUAAGCAAGGACCUGUGAAAGAUGCCUAUAGCCUGGCCAACAAUCCCCAGUACAAGUUGGAGGUGCAGUGUCCACAAGGGGGCGCUGCAGUUUGGGUUUUGCUUAGUAGACACAUAACAGACAAGGAUGAUUUUGCAAAUAAUCGAGAAUUUAUCACAAUGGUUGUAUACAAGACCGAUGGGAAAAAAGUGUAUUACCCAGCUGACCCGCCCCCAUACAUCGAUGGGAUUCGAAUUAACAGCCCUCAUUAUUUGACUAAGAUAAAGCUGACCACACCUGGGACCCAUACUUUUACAUUAGUGGUUUCUCAGUAUGAGAAACAGAAUACAAUCCAUUACACAGUCCGGGUAUAUUCAGCAUGCAGCUUUACCUUUUCAAAGAUUCCUUCACCGUACACCGUAUCAAAACAGAUUAAUGGAAAGUGGAGUGGUCAGAGUGCUGGAGGAUGCGGAAAUUUCCAAGAGACUCAUAAAAAUAAUCCCAUUUACCAAUUCCAUGUAGAAAAGACUGGGCCAUUGCUGAUUGAGCUAAGAGGACCAAGGCAGUACAGUGUUGGCUUUGAGGUUGUAGCAGUGUCUAUGGUGGGGGACCCUGGUCCCCAUGGCUUUCAGAGGAAAUCCAGUGGUGACUACAGGUGUGGGUUUUGCUACCUGGAACUAGAAAACAUACCUGCUGGGAUUUACAAUAUCAUUCCUAGUACUUUUUUGCCUAAACAAGAAGGACCUUUUUUCUUGGACUUCAAUAGCAUCAUCCCCAUCAAAACCACACAACUUCAGUGAUGGGAAAUCUCAGCAAUUACUGGAUUUUAAACUUAACAGUCAACUCUUCAAAUGAGGACACAAAUCUCCAGGACAGUAAACAUAAUGAUCAGAACAGAAUUCUCAAAAAAAAAAAAAGUUGCAGUGGAAUCUGGUGCUCAAGUCAGGAUGUUUAGUGAGAAUUGUACAUAGUCAAAAUUACCCUAAAUUUCUUUAGAGGUGCCAUUUAUAUGGUUGUGUGUGUAUGUGGAAUUGGCUUGCAUUGUUGGCUUGCAAAAAAAGUACAGAUGACUAGAGUUUAUCCUCAGCACUGUGAUACGCCUUUGCCGAGAGGGAACUGAGACCAGAUGAGGGACACAGACUCACUGAAUGGAGUGGUAGGCUGAGAGAGUAUUCUGAAAAAUUUACAUUGUUUGUCUUUCUGGCAGAGCAUGUUGUAGUGAACCUGCCAUGUUACGACUUUACAUCUGGGGUAGCCAGUUACCAAAUGAAUUAUGUCACAUAACAGAUUUUAAGUCUGCAUCAUUCGUGACUUUAAAUGUUUGUUGCCCAGAUGUUCUGAAAGAAUCAAGUUUUAGGAAAUACUAGUGACUUAGCAUGAAGGUGCUCAUGCUUAAGAAUGAAGGCUGCUGACGUUAGGCCCUAUCUCCCACGGAAUCGCGUGAAGAGGACUGAGACGUGCACUCACUACUGCAGUCAUUUGUUACCCGGGUGACGCAGGUCGUCUGCGACAUGGAGGACAUCACCGUCUGGUUGGUAUAUUGUUUUCAAUUACUGUGUAGUUCACUGCUCUUCCGGUAACAGCACUCCGAAGAAAAUACAGUUGAGAAUAUACUGUAACUGAAGCUGCACUGGGAAAACUUGCAAAGGUACUACUGUCGUGUGUAAAUUCCCAGUUGUUUACAUAAGAAUCUAUCAAAGCAGAAUAAUGCUCGAGAUUUUAAAGAUCUGAAAACAGGUGGUAUUUUUCAUCAUCUCUACUUUAUAAUUUAUAAUCAAAACUUUUGUAUUUAUGCUACCUUGAAUUGAAAUAAAAUGUUUAUACUUAUGGAAACUGCA